GACGUUCCCGGAAAAAUCGCUAACCGGAAGGAAAGGCCAGAGCCUCAGAAGAAGAAGAAGACAGACGCCGCCGAUGAGACCAGCGAAAGACGAAAAAGUAUUCUCCCACUGGUGAGGACUUCUCUUCCUCUGGCUCAUCUAGCUGCCUGAACUGAACUUACCCUCCCCCCCACCCCCACCCCCUGUAUAGCUCAGCCUCACCAGCCCCUGCACCAAGCCUGAAGCCAACCAGACUUCCUCAGUCUUCUCCCGGCUUCUUCAUCUUUCUCCCGAUUUUCGACACAGCGCUAUGGCGGGGCGAGGCGGACCAGCACGGACCAACGGCACUGCAGCAAGCAACAAGAUCUGCCAGUUUAAGCUAGUGCUGUUGGGGGAAUCGGCGGUGGGAAAGUCCAGCUUGGUGCUGCGCUUUGUUAAAGGCCAGUUCCACGAGUACCAGGAGAGCACCAUUGGAGCUGCCUUCCUCACACAGACGGUAUGUUUGGAUGAUACAACAGUCAAGUUUGAGAUCUGGGACACUGCAGGACAGGAACGGUAUCACAGCUUGGCACCCAUGUACUACAGGGGAGCCCAGGCCGCCAUCGUGGUCUACGAUAUCACCAACACAGAUACAUUCACACGUGCAAAGAACUGGGUGAAGGAGCUCCAGCGACAAGCCAGCCCGAAUAUUGUUAUUGCACUGGCAGGAAACAAAUCCGACCUGGCCAACAAGAGAGCCAUAGAUUUCCAGGAAGCACAAGCAUAUGCAGAUGACAAUAGUUUGCUCUUCAUGGAGACUUCAGCCAAGACUGCUAUGAAUGUCAAUGAGAUUUUUAUGGCUAUAGCCAAAAAGCUUCCCAAGAACGAGCCUCAGGGUGGAGCAGCCGCUGGUGGACGAACCAGAGGCGGCGUGGACCUGCAGGAAGCUGCGCCGCAGGGCAGAAGUGGCCAGUGCUGUGGGGGCGGGAACUAACCAACACAACGAGACAGCUGAUCCGACCAAUCUACAGCUUCGAUCAACCAGACCAGAUAUUAUCCAGCUGUCAAACAAUGCCCCAUUGGUCAAACCAAACCAUGGUCGGACCAACCACCCUAUGAGCAACACUGCACCAAUUAACUGUUUGGCAAGCGAGUCCAUGGGCCAGUAAAGUGCCAGACCCCUCUGACGGUUGAACCAACCAACAGACCCAAGAAAUCUACCCACAGGCUUAUUUACAGAAUCAUGUUUUAAACCCAGGACUUGCCAAUCCAUGACCUCUCUAUUGAUGAUGGACACUUGACGUCACCUUAGUGGGAGGAGGGGGGGCUCCCAUUCAUGGAAGAAGGAACAAAAUAAAUCAGUCAUUACCAAUGGCACUUAAUAGGGCCUUCUUGCUCACCUUUUCUUUCUGUAUUUGUGUAGAGGAAAUAAAAUGAAAGCAACAGGAAGGAAUUAAAACAGGCUCAUUGGCCUUGUCCUUUCAUCUUCUGACCCCUGCUCUCCCAUGCACCAUACAUUUAAGUAUUUCCAUCACUGUUAAAACUCCAGGUGCAUGCAGCAGUCCUUGACUUUUCUGUCUUGUUCCUGGGUCAUGGAAAAGAUGAAGAGACAAGGUUUGUAACAGGAAAACAGGAAUUGAGAGAUAUUUCCUUCUUGAUAGAGCUGUGUAGAUUGAAUUAUUACUUUAUGUUAUCACUAUUAUUAUUAUUACUUCAACUUCUUUUGACAGACUGUUCGGUCUGAUUUGAAAGCCUUUAGGUUUUACAAUCAUCCAUCUAUGUUAUCAAACCAUAUACAGUAAACAGUACUUUAUUAAAAUUGUCACCCAUAAGUCAUUUUAGCAUUAAUGUAUUGUUUUUGAAUCAUCAGUGUACAAUGACAAAUACAUAAAGCAAGAUGUGUUUGCUUGACCAAAACCACAGCUCUGUAUUGACAAAUUGCUGUAUUUGUAUUAGACUUUUCAAGUUUAUAAUCAAUCAGUAGUUGUCAAAACAAUAUCUUUCCAAUCUCUUCAAAAUGUUUUGUCAACCUUAAUUAUUUUGUGAUGGAUUUUUUUUUUUAUAUUUAAUUUUUUUUUAUUUUAUUAUUUUCUCUGAAGAUAUAUGGUAUUAAAUGCACUGGUUCUGUCUCAUCAUCUUUGUGAAUUAAGGUGUUAUUGUCAGCUUCUGUUUCUCUCUCUUUGUUUCUACUCUUCAUAUCAGGGAGGGAUUGUUUUCAACUAUAAUGUCAUCCUGUUAUGGCAUCUUCAACUAGCACAACAGUACCUGCACAGCAGCCACUGCUGUUAGGUGGUGGGUAGAGAAAGAAGAAAAAAAAAUGAUUUUACCAAUAAACAAGGGGAAGGUAUCUUUUA